UCGCAACAUCCCUGGUGUAAUGUAAAAAGAUAUAACAAUGUGGUGAGUAAUCUGUGGUGGUGAGCCUCAGCAGGUUUUAUUGAUGUCUAAAAAUUUUAUCGAUUUGUACUAUGAAACCAAAGUACGGAUACUACGAUGUUUUUGUAAGAACUUGUGCUAAAUAUCCUUCUGAGACUGCAAUAAAGGUUUACGAAGAUGGCAAUUACACGAGCUACGCUUACUCUGAGCUUUAUGGUGUUUGCGAAUACAUAGUCCAAAACAUUCAACAAGUAACCUGUGAUAAAGGCAUAAUAGGAUUGCUAACCGACAGAAACCCAUUAGUACCAAGUCUAAUAGCCGCGUGCCACAAAUGUAGUAUAACAUUUAUGUUUAUUGACCCAUCACAGGAUAUCCAAAUUGCUAUCAGAGACACCAAACUAAGUAUUAUAAUACAUGUCAGAAACUUGAACCAAAGCAAAACAGAUUUAUGCAUAAAGAUUCCUGAUAAAAAUAUUACAGUUUUCAAUCAUGAAAUAAGCAUAUACAAGCUCCAAUCUGAUAGUCAAUUCUCCAACUUUAUUCAAGAACACUCAUUCAUAGCCAAGACAUCAGGCAGUACAGGUGAUGCUAAGUACAUUCAAGUACCUAUAAGAUGCCUGCAACCAAAUGUUGAUGAUUUAACUAAUAUAUUUAAUAUCACAUCAAAUGAUGUUAUAUACUUUUCUACCCCUCUCACUUUCGACCCAUCGAUGGUAGAAAUACUUCUGGCAUGUACCAAUGGGGCAACACUGCUGAUAGCUCCAGAAAAAGCUGAUGUUCUGUUUUCAAAUAACAAGGAAAACUCUGUAACAUUUUGGCAAACUACUCCCUCCAAGUUCUUUCAAUAUUCUGAUGCCAAUAUAAGGGGCAAGAUUUUAGGUGCUGAAUCUACCCUUAAGGUGUUAGCACUCGGUGGAGAGCCUCUGAGUGGAAGCAGACGACUUAAGGAGUUGAAGGAUGUGGCAAAUGAAACAAGAAUAUACACCUUGUAUGGUGUUACUGAGAUGUCGUGUUGGGCGUGUGUUGCUGAACUGGAUCUGAACAAAAUCACAGAUGACAAUGAGGUUCCAUUAGGAAAUUGUCUUUCUGAAACUGAAUUAUUUGUAAAGAAGGAUACAGAAAACAUUGGCAACAUUAUUCUAGUGAGUAAAACAAGAAAAUGUGUCAUCCUCAGUAAUACAGAAAAAGUAGCAGGUGAUUCAGAGGCACUAGACACGGGUGACAUUGGAGAAAUCAGAAAUGGAACAGUCUACUACCGGGGCAGAAGAGAUGAUGUUAUAAAGAGAUUUGGCAAUAAGGUCAGUUUGCAAAAUAUAGAAGCCACAGUCAUGCAACACCCACAUAUAAAUAGCUGCUCUUGCAUCUGGCUCCCGAAGCCCAGGCUUUUGGUUUUAUAUUACACCUCACUAACUGCUAAGACGCAAGAAUUAAAAGAUUUUUUGAAGAUUAAAGUUAGUGACACACAAUGGCCAGAUAAAAUUGUAAGACUCGAAAAUCUUCCCAUGAGCCCUCAUGGAAAAACAUCCAAAUCAAUUUUAAGUCAAAUGAUACAUAAUUCGGAGUUGUUGCUACAAAAAACAGAUGUAAAAACCUUACUUAUAGAGGAGAUGAAAUUAAUAUUAAAUAAAUCAUUUACAUUCAGUGAAAUAUGUAGAAAAGAUUUCUUUUCAAUUGGUGGUUCAUCUAUUCUUGCAGUUUUAAUGUGUAAUAAACUGUCUCAGCAUCACAUAAACUUCGGAAAACAGAUCUUGCCGUUUUUACUUAAUCCCAAGUAUUGUAUUGAAGAAAUCAUAGACAUCAUGCGAAAAGAAAUGGAUGUACCCAAAAAGAAAUCAAGAAAAAGGAAAUUGUCUUUAUCCAAGACAACUGUUACUGCAGCUCAAAGUCAUAUCAGUACUGUAAAUAUUCAUUAUCAAAUUGUGUGGUCCCACAACACGGGGAAAUGUGUGGAUGCUUCACCCACUCUGUUUGAACAUGAGUUUAAGACAUAUGCAACUGUGGGCAGUCACUCAGGGAAGAUUGUUAGUGCUGAUGCUGAUUCUGGUCAAAUUCAGGGCAUUGUGACAGUCGAUUCCAGGGUGGAGGCGGCGAUUGUGUGUGUCAAUAUACUGUCACAACCCUGUGGAAUUGUUGGCACAUACAAUGGCACGAUAGUAUGUUUCCGACUACAAGAUUGUGAACUACUGUGGAAGAUCAAUAUUGGAUGCAUGAUUAAAAGUAAAGGAGUUGUUCUCAAUGAGGAGUUGUAUGUUGCGUCAUAUGAUGGAAAUAUAAGAGUCAUUGAUGUUAUUAAUGGAAAAGUUAAGGAGUCCAUACACAUAAUCGACCAGGCAGUAUCAGCUGACUUGGUGCUUGCACAGAAUUGUGUUCUCGUUGGCACACUUUCGGGAGUCUGCGCCUGCGUCGAUACGGCGACGAAAAGUGUUCGCUGGCGCAUACGGCUCGCGAGUCCCGUCUUCGCCACUCCCGCUUUGUACCAAAACGAAAAGUAUGUUGUGUUUGCUGAAGUGAAUGGACUGCUACAGUGCCGUACUGUUAAAAGCGGUAAAAAGAUUUGGGAGUAUAGUGAAGCCAAAGGACAUAUAUUUUCGUCAAUUUACUUCAAGAAACUGAAAAUAGGUUGGAAAAUGAUAUUUGGGUGUCAUGACAAUAAUGUUUACUGUGUAGUUAUUAAAAACUCUCAACCAGUGUUGUGUUGGAAGACACUACUUACUUCUCCUGUCUAUUCUACACCAUGCGGCUAUAGAGAUAAAUAUUUUAUAGCUAUUUCGAACAAUGGAGUUCUGUAUAUUAUAAGUUCCACCAAAGGGCACAUAGUUUCAGAGUACCGUUUUCCCCAUAAAGUAUUUUCGUCAUCUAUAGUGUGGAAUGACAAUAUCUAUGUAGGAUGUAGAGAUGAUAGUUUAUAUUGUAUAAAAUGUGUUGUUGAGUAAUUUAAUACUGUUGGAAUAAAAAAUAAUUUAUUUGAA